CAAAUCUGAAACGUUUAGGUUAUGUCAGGGUAAUGGUGCGAGUGAGGUUACAGAGAAAUACCUUAUAGAUUAAGUCUCUAACGUUCAGCUAAAAAUUACUAAAUACCUACCGUAGUGUAAAUUCCUUUACCACAAGCAAGAUGUUGCGAAAUGGGUAGAACAAAACGAAAAAGAACAAGAGCAUCGAAAACCCAAAACCUCAGUUUGAACAGUGAUUUAUCUAUCAUAAACUUGAGAAAAUGGAUGACCAAAAAUGAUUGGACCGACCCUCUACAUUUACACCUACGUAUAUUUCCCCACACUGGAAGAGGAUUAACAGCUAAAAAAUCGGUCAAGCGGAACGAAACCCUUAUUAGGAUACCUUUGGAUCUUCUAGUCACUUACGAAACCAUUGAAAAGUCUAGCCUACUAGAUACUUUGGAAGAAAACGAGUACACCAUGCAUGAACUGCUGUCGUUAUUUUUAGCAGUCGAAAAGCACAAAGGCAAAGGUUCCGCUUAUAAGUGUUAUAUAAUGAGCUUGCCAGACCCCGAGCCAAUUCUACCCUGGCUAAACCCAUUAGAAAAAAUAUCCGCACUGCCUGAUGAUUUGAAAAUUACUGCACACAAAUUACGAAACAAUUUUCUUGAAAGCUUUGCCAAGAUGAGACGAUCGAUAAUACCUACGUGUUUGUGCCAAUGUUGUAAGAAACCGUUGCUUUGCGUGAUUAAGGAAAAUCUAUUCCGCUGGGCAUACGUCCUGGUCAAUACUAGGGCUGUAUACGUUGACCCUCAACUUUUCAAGUCACUGAAUACAUUUAAAUUAUCUAACGCACCAUCGAUGGCUCUGUGUCCAUUUUUAGACAUGCUUAAUCACGAUCAUCUUGCCGAAACCGACGUUAUGAUUUAUAAACAACAGGGCCGGUUGUUUUAUGAAUUGGUAACCCUGAAAAGUUACGAAAAAUACGAGCAAAUUUUCAUACCUUACGGAGCUCAUAGCAAUGAAAAACUGUUAAUGGAGUACGGAUUCUUUUUGCCAGAUAAUCAUUUCGAUUGCGUUAGAUUUGACAUAAAAGAAGUUUUGCAAAUUUGCAGUUUCCGUUUGAAUGAAAGUCAAUAUAAAUAUUUGAAAAAACACGGAUUUGAUUCCGCUGAUAUUUAUAUUAACCACGCAGGUUGCUCGUUCAACCUAAAUGCUAUAAUUUACGUGGCGCUUAACGCAGGAGAUAAAAAUAUUAGUAACGUUAUUUUUGGCGACAGUUACACUCCCGAAUUUAUUGUAUCUUCGAAUAGCUAUCGAGAAACUCUUUUAAAAGUUAAACUUAGAACUUUCGAAGAUGAUUUUGAAAAAUAUACCUUGGUUACUGACCAAGACAAUACUUUAACUUGCGCUUUUUUGAAAUAUAGGGUGACUUAUGUGAGGAAUUUGAGAAUAAACCUUGAACAAAAUAUCCUUUAGAUUUGUACUAAUAAACAAUAAUUUAUUAUACUUUUGACAUUUUACAAUAAAAUCAUAUACUAG